AUAAUAUAGAGGAACAUCAUCAUACUUUCUAUCAAGUGGAAUAUCUUUCUCAUUCUUAAUAUGCUAAGACUUCAACAUCAAAUGGUUCUCUCUUCCUCGUGUUCAUUCUUUCUUUGGCUUCUCAUUUUAUCAGCAACAUUUUCUCUAGUAUUAGGGAACAAAGCAUUUACCGGAACAUAUGGAGUAAACUAUGGUAGAGUAGCUGAUAAUCUACCUCCCCCAGAAAGUGUGGUUACACUUCUCAAAGCUGCAAAAAUCAAAAAUGUAAGAAUCUAUGAUGUUAAUCCUCAAGUCCUAAGUGCCUUCAAAGGAUCUGGAAUAGGACUUAGUGUUUGUCUUCCGAACGAACUUUUGACAGACAUAGGCGUAGGCGAAGAUCGCGCCAUGAAUUGGAUUAAAGACAAUGUUCAACCAUAUCUUCCAGGAACAAAAAUAGUUGGUAUUGCCAUUGGAAAUGAAAUUUUAGGUGGUGGAAAUAUUGAAGUUUGGGAAGCUUUACUUCCUGCUGCAAAAAAUAUCUAUAGUGCCCUUGAUAGACUUGGCCUAGCAAAGCAAAUUGAGGUUUCAACUCCACAUUCAGAAGCUGUAUUUGCCAAUUCAUAUCCACCAUCUUCAUGUACAUUUAGGGAUGAUAUAGUACCUUACAUGAAACCUUUACUUGAAUUUUUUUCACAAAUUGGAACACCUUUUUAUAUUAAUGCAUACCCUUUUUUGGCCUAUAAAAAUGACCCUCAACAUAUUGACAUAAACUAUGCUUUAUUUAAGAAAAAUCCUGGUAUUUAUGAUCCCAAAAGUAAACUACAUUAUGACAAUAUGUUUGAUGCACAAGUUGAUGCUGCUUAUUUUGCAUUGGAGAAAUUUGGGUUUGAUAAGAUGGAAGUGAUUGUUUCUGAGACUGGUUGGGCCUCUCAUGGUGAUGAUAAUGAAGCUGGAGCAACUGUGAAAAAUGCAAAGACUUAUAAUAAAAAUAUGAGAAAGAGGUUACUUAAGAGAAAAGGAACACCUCAUAGGCCUAAAAUGUUGGUUAGGGUUUAUAUAUUUGCUUUGUUCAAUGAGAAUUUGAAGCCUGGACCAGGAUCAGAAAGACAUUUUGGAUUAUUUAAUCAUGAUGGAAGUAUUGCAUAUGAUAUUGGAUUUACUGGACUUAAACCUUCCUCAGCAACCUCCUCUUUCCUUUCCUUCAAGGGUAUUGGGUCUUCAUACGUGAUGGUUUCUUCAAGCUGUAUUGGAAUUCUUCUUCUUCUUAUAGCAUUGUAAUCAUUAAAAAGAUUGUAGAUACAAGAACUGAAUUAACGAUUCUUUGAACCUGUAACAAUUUUCUAAAUACAUUGAAUGUAUGGAAAUUUCAAAGCAAAUUGUUGGAUAUCUCAUUGUAUA